UCUCUCUCUUUGUGUCCUUUUGGUUAAGAUGAUUGUUUGUUUAAUUUGGGCUCAAUUCAGUUUAAUUGGAUUGACACUUCGGUGAUUUAAGAUUACUCACCAGCUGAUGGACAUGAACAACUGUUUUCGUUGCUGCUGGGGACUGGGCGUGAACAUGCAGAACGUGAAAAGUGAAGUAGUUGCAAGUGACCACCGUUCUAAUGGAGCCCAUGGAUCUGAAAAAGUAGCUAUCCUUGAUGCUGGUGCCCAGUAUGGAAAAAUCAUAGACAGAAAGGUUCGAGAAUUAUGUGUUGAAAGUGAUAUUCUGCCUCUUGACACGCCUGCAGUGAUCCUCAAUGAAAAAGGAUAUAAGGCUGUUAUUAUAUCUGGUGGUCCCAAUUCCGUCUAUGCUGAAGAUGCUCCUACAUAUGAUCCUAUGAUUUUCAGGAUAGGGGUCCCUGUUUUGGGUAUUUGUUACGGCAUGCAAAUGCUUAACAAAGAGUUUGGAGGCCAAGUUGAGAGAAAAGAAGGUCGUGAAGAUGGUCAGUUUGACAUUGAUGUUGAUGCCACUUGUCUCUUAUUUAAGGGGUUAGAAAAUGUGCAGAGUGUUCUUCUAACACAUGGUGAUAGUAUACACAAAGUUGCUGAUCAGUUUAAAGUUGUUGCUAGAUCGUCAAACUUUGUGGCUGGUAUAGCCAAUGAAAAGUUGCGCCUAUAUGGCGUCCAGUUUCAUCCUGAGGUGGAUCUUUCUGUGAAUGGUAAAAUCAUGUUAAAGAAUUUCCUCUUUGACAUCUGUGGAUUAACUGGAAGCUUUACCAUGCAAGGCAGAGAACAGGAAUGUAUUAAUUACAUAAGGCAAACUGUUGGAAAUAGUAAAGUCCUGCUUCUUGUUAGUGGGGGAGUGGAUUCAACGGUGUGUGCAGCUCUGUUACAUAAAGCUCUCCAUAGAGACCAAGUGAUUGCUGUGCAUAUUGACAAUGGCUUCAUGCGUAAAAAUGAAAGUAUGCUUGUUGAGGAAUCCCUCAAGAAGAUUGGUUUAGAUUUGAAAGUCAUUGAUGCUGGAUUUAAGUUUCAAUAUGGAUCCACUAACAUACCUAAUAAUAUUGAUCAAAGAGAGUCAAAUGUAAGAAGUCCUGCAUUUAAGGUUACCAAGAUUCUUUGCCAAACUACUGCUCCUGAAGAAAAGAGGAAAAUCAUUGGUGAUGUGUUCGCAAAGAUUGCUCAAGAGGUGGUUGAAGAAAUGAAUCUGAGACCAGAGGAUGUUUUUCUUGGGCAGGGCACUUUAAGACCUGACCUUAUAGAAUCAGCCUCUUCCCUUGUGAGUGGCAAGGCUGCGGUAAUCAAAACUCACCACAAUGACACUGAGCUUAUUCGACAGCUAAGGGAUCAGGGUCGUGUUGUAGAGCCGUUGAAGGACUUCCACAAAGAUGAGGUGAGGCAGUUGGGCAGGGAUUUGCAGCUUCCUGCCGAUUUAGUAAUGAGACAUCCAUUCCCUGGACCUGGUUUAGCUAUCAGGAUUCUUUGUGCAGAGGAACCAUACAUGGAACAGGACUUCUCUGAAACACAAGUUUUGGUUAAAAUCAUAGUUGGCUACAAUAAUAUGGUGAAAAAAAGUCAUGCCUUACUAAACAGAGUUGAAAGUGCAACAUCUGUGGAAGAGCGCUCAGUUCUUCAGAGAGUGUCCGAUAAGCAGCGUUUAGCAGCAACACUUUUGCCUAUCCGAAGUGUUGGUGUACAGGGUGACUGUCGAUCAUACAGCUAUGUUGUUGGCAUUUCGUCUGAUCAAAGUCCUGACUGGGAGGAUAUGCUUUUCUUAGCAAAGCUGAUUCCCCGAGUGUGUCACAAUAUCAACAGAGUAUGCUAUGUGUUUGGGGGCAUUGUAAAGGACCCAGUCUCUGACAUAACCCCAACUUGCCUUACAUCUAAUGUUUUGAGUACACUUCGACAGGCUGACCAUGCUGCGACCCAAGUGUUGAUUGCUUCAAAUACAAUGGGUGCCAUCAGCCAAAUGCCAGUGGUUUUAAUACCGAUCCACUUUGAUAGGGACUCAGUGAACCGAAACCCUUCCUUCCAGCAUUCUGUUGUCUUAAGGCCAUUCUCCACUCAAGAUUUCAUGACUGGUGUUCCUGCAAUCCCUGGAAAACAUCUCCCACUAGAGGUUGUAGAAAAGAUGGUUCAGGAAAUUCAAGGAGUCUCCGGCGUUUCAAGAGUUAUGUAUGACCUAACAUCUAAGCCUCCAGGGACCACAGAGUGGGAAUGAAAACAUGUCGCAAGCCUCAUCACUGCCAUGUGGUUAGGCUUGCAUUACUCAGCACCCCGCACUACCAUGCCUGCAGAAAGGUGUGGAUUGCUAUGAAACAAAUACAAGAAGCUCACAUGUGUUUUGUAUGAAUUUUGGGAUGUUGAAGUUGCUGUACUCAGUUUUACUCUACUGUGAGCUGCAUUCAGAAAAUAUUGAACUUCUUUUUGUAUGUGUUUUAAGGCAAGGUAUUGUAAAUCAUGAUAAAGAACUGCGGCAAAAGCAGUGAUGGAUUUAUUUUAUUAACAAAACUGUGAUGCAUCAAGCAUCAUUUGCGAUACUGAUUUGUGUAUAAUUCUUUGUAAUAUGCUACUCUUUCUGAUUUUAUGUACUGUGUACCAUGUUUUUCCUCCAAUGAAAUUAUUCCUGGUUAGUGAGAAUUUAUUAUAAUAACUUAAAUAAAUGGUGUAUUUUUUUUGUUA